CCGACGGUGGUGCUGCUGCGCAGGGCUGCAGCCGAUAUGUUGCCUAUCGUUUCCACCGGUCCGAUGAUGCGCAAUGCCGUCUCACAUCUGCGUCAACGAGCAACAAUGAGUCUGCACCGUAAUUAUAGCCGUGGAAAAACGUCUGAUAAUAUAUUUGGAAAAAUGUUUGGCAAGUAUUUGGCAGUCACGAAUAUUGUGGGAUCGGGACUGUUGCUGGUGGCCGGUGAUGUACUUACUCAACAAUAUGAAAAGGCCAUGCAAAUGAAACGAUUCGACUUUUACCGUUCGGGACGCAUGUUCGUAACGGGUUUGGUCGUGGGCCCCGUGCAGCAUGCAUUCUACAGUCGCCUCGAUCGAUUGCUGCCGGACUCAAAACGUGUUACGGCAGUGAAGAAGAUAUUUUUCGAUCAGCUGUUCAUGUCGCCCACCUAUAUCUUUCUGUUCUUCUAUGUAUCCAGUUUGUUGGAGGGCAAUACAAUCAAGGAAUCAAAUGCAGAGAUUCGCGAGAAGUUUCUAUACACCUGGAUGCUUGACUGCAUGAUCUGGCCGUGCGUACAGUAUCUGAAUUUUCGCUUUCUGAAUCCCAGGCAUCGCGUCAUCUUCAUAAACGUCACCAACUGCAUCUACAUUGUUCUGCUCUCCUACAUAAAGCACGAUAUGGGUGCGAAUAAUCACAAUCAAACUAAAAUAAAAGAAAAAUCCGACUAGAUACAUGCAGAUGCAUGUAGAACGUCUGUAAUACACGUUUUAACAACUAAAACUUUAAAAUAUUCAAAUUAAAAUCGUGCCAGUGGCACUGGGCUAAAACCUAUUUUCGAUAUU